GAAACUUACUACUGUGCAGUUUGCAACAACCUCUAAGCCUGGUCUUUUCGUUCAUACCAUAUCUUCCCUUCUAAAAUGCCCGCCCAAAAAUCCAAAUCUUCGGCUAGCAACGGUGCUGCUAAAAAUCGUAGUGCCAAAGUGACGCCUGAGAGCACGGUUCCUUCAUCUCCUGCUCCUUCCAAAACCGACCUCAGCGCUCCUACAGUCACAGGCUCCGGAAGGCCAGACAAGGCUGCAUAUGAUGCAGAGCAAGAGAGAAUCAGGACUGAAAUUGACGGUUUGCAGACUAAACUUGCUACCGUCCGCGAAAAAAUAUCCUCGGCAACCCAGUCUGGUACUGGAAAUGACAAACGGGCAGCUCUAAAGGCUGAACUGGAUAGCAUACGCGGUCAACAGUCGUCCAAUAAGUUAAACCGAGGCAAGAUACAUGAGCAGCUCAAAACAGUUUCAGAGGGCGUUCAGAAAAAGAUAAAGGACCUGCAGGCUGCUCGUGGAAAGACACCUUACAAAACCGCAGCAGAGGUCGAUGCUCAUAUUAGCACCUUGGAGAAGCAAGUGGAGUCUGGUAGCAUGAAAGUUGUCGAUGAAAAGCGUGCCCUUCAGGAGAUAAGCCAAGCUCGACGGUCGCGUAGAAUAGUCGAGAAGUUCCAGACGGACCAGGAGUCCAUUGAAGCCGACCGUCAAGAAGCCGACCGACUGAAGAAGCUACUUGAUGACCCGGAGUCCAAGGAAAUCUCUGAACGUUAUGACACCAUCAAAGCUGAACUGGACGAGCUUAAAAAGGAAUCCGACGAUGCGUAUGCAGGUCGAGCCAAGCUUUUUGAACAGCGAGACGGUAUUCAGGCACAAAUAAACGCUCUCUUCAAUGAGAAGCGUGAGGCAUCACAUCUCUUCCGGGAGGCAAAUGACCGGUAUUGGACCAAGAUGAAUGAGGACCGCGCUCGACGUCUUGAGAGGGCUCGUUCUCAGCGUGAUGCAGAGGAAGCACAGAGGAAGAUGGCAAUCGCAGACGGUCUGCGGGAAGAAGCGUCGAUGCCUGCAUUCCAAACGCAGAUUGAAGACUGCCAGACUCUCAUUGACGCACUCUCUGGGAAAUCCACUGGCAAUGUAGUGUUGUCAUCCUCAUCGCUACCAGCCAGGCCGGAUGUUUCUGGCGUUCCGCAGUUGGAGAUUCGACAGGUGGAUGCAGUUGGCGAUGCUAUGGUGGCACGGAAGAAGAAAGGGGAUGAUGAAGAAUCGUAUUUCGUUGGGAAAGCAAAGAAAGGGAAGAAAUCCCCUAAACCCACAUCUCCAGCCGAUACCAGCGCCAUCCAUCUACCUUACGGCCAAUUAUCCGCGCUGCUUUCGCUAUCUAUACCGCCUCCGACAGGCCAGGCUGAGGUUCCUCGUGUUAUCGAGGACCUGAAGACGAAGAAAGCCUGGUUUGAGGCCAACCAAGCCCGUCAAACAGCGGAAAACGUUGCCAAAGCCGAGGCGGAGAUCCGACGUCUGACAAAUGGCGCUAAACCUAAUGGCAAACAGAGCGCUACUCCCGGCGAAGUUUCCCCACCGAAUGGCGGUGGCGAGCCUCCAGAAUCUAUUCCCGUUCCUUCGGGUGACGCAGCUCCACGGAUUGAUAUUCCUGAGAUUGUCGAGAAGCUUGAGGAGGUUCAGGUUGACGCUGAGAACUAG